AUGGCUUCCGAGGCUUCCCGUGGUCGGCAUCUCGAUGCGACGGACCGCGAGGUUGUGUACUGCCAUGCGUGCUGUUUCGAAUGGUAUCGGGAUGAGUUUGGGCUAGAGUGUCCCUCCUGCCAGAGCGAUAUUACAGAGCUCGUCAGUUUGGAAAACGACCCGCGGAGAGUACACGACGACGAUUCGGACGAUUCGGAGGACGACUCUGUACAUGACCCCGAGCCACACGGGAACCAUCAUGCAGAUGAAGACGACGAUUCCGAUCCAGAAGUGGCCGAUAUAGACGAGCACAUGGACCCAAACGGGUUCGGCGUUGGCCAGUCGACGCAUGUUGGAGAGGAUGCGGAUCACUUUGGUACCCAACCGACGCAAAAUGUAGAGAGAUUCCUCAAUGUUGUGUCGACUAUAGGCAUGCCUUUCGGAACAGGGGAGGGGAACGCAAACUUGAUGAACCGCCUGCGUGAGGCGUCUCAAAAUGGCGGAGGACGUGUUGAGUGGGCCAACGAGACGUCGCAAGGCUCCGUGACAUUUUAUUCAUCCAAUCAGCCUUUGGUGGCAGGAGAACAGGCACCGUUAGGCUUUGAGCCCUUUUCAACAAUGUUUGCCAGCGCAUUUCGCGAUUUCGGAGUACAGCUCACAGGUGAAGCUCUCGAGGCGGCAGCCGAGCAAGGUGGUGACGGUCUGAGCCUGGCGGGAAAUCUCGCAAACAUGCUUACCUCCGAGUGGACCACCACCGGCUUCGGACCAAGGACUGGCCAAUUUGCCGCGCCGGACCAUCGAUGA